AUGUCAACACACAGUCCAAUGCAUGCCACGGGCGAGGAAUCAGACCCCUCAGGCUCUGGCAGCAAGCUCACAAAAGCCACCAUCAUCGUCGCUGGUGUCGCCGCCCUUGUCGCCUGUCUGAUCUCCUUCCUAUCGAUCUGGCUACAACUGAAGAACUAUCGCAAACCGCUAUUACAACGGUAUGUGGUCAGAAUACUGCUCAUGGUUCCGAUAUACUCGGCAGCAUCAUGGGCCUCAGUCGUCUCACUCAAAGCCGCGUUCUAUCUCGAUCCUCUCCGAGACGUCUACGAAGCAUUCACCAUCUAUACCUUCUUACAGCUGCUGGUCAACUUCAUUGGGGGUGAAAGGUCCUUAAUCAUUAUGAUGCAUGGCCGGGCUCCGGUGUCUCACCCCUGGCCUCUCAAUCUGUACUUCUCGAAGGUCGACAUCUCGGACCCGCAUACUUUCCUUGCCAUCAAGCGAGGCAUUCUGCAGUAUGCGUACCUGAAGCCCGUCUUGGCUGUCUCAACCAUCGUCUUCAAAUUGACAAACACCUACAAGGAGGGCUAUCUCAGUCUAGACUCUGGCUAUCUGUGGUCUGGUAUCGUUUACAACGUCUCCAUCACUAUCAGCUUGUACGCACUCGCCAUGUUCUGGGUCUGCAUGUCUGAUGAUCUUCAGCCUUUUCGACCUAUGCCAAAGUUCUUGUGCAUCAAGCUCAUUAUCUUUGCUUCUUAUUGGCAAGGCUUCUUCUUGUCCAUCUUGCAGUUCCUCGGCGCCAUUCCCAAUGAUGUUCCUGGCUACUCCGCAGACAACUUAGCCGCUGCUAUACAGGACGCACUCAUCUGUUUCGAGAUGCCGCUCUUCGCGAUUGGACACUGGUAUGCAUUCUCUUGGCACGACUAUGCCGACGUGACCAUCUCUUCGGCACGAAUGCCCGUCAGGUUUGCAUUCAGGGACAGCUACGGGAUUCGAGACUUGAUCGAGGACACCAAAGAGACCUUCCGAGGCAAGCACUACGACUACCGCUCGUUCGACUCAGGCGAUCACAUCAUCGCCCAUGAGGAGUCAUACUCCCGCAUAGCUCGGAUGGAAGAUGGUAUGCGAUAUGAGAGAGGUGGGAAGGGCAAAUACUGGAUACCGAAAUCGGCUCCCAACAGCAAGACACCACUCUUGUCGAAAGCUGGCAGCAACAACCCUCCUGCGCCGGAAGCUCGUGGUCGAGCCAUCGACUAUCGCGCAGCUGAGCCGGAUAUUGAGAUUGCUAUCGAUGCUGAAGAUGAGAGGCUCUUCGCUAAUGCUCGAGCUCUGGAGUUCGGCGACUGGAACUAUCCUGUUGUGACUGCUCAUGAAGCGUCAAGAGAAGAUUGGAUGAGAAGAGAUCCGCAUCUGUUGACUACAUCGACGAAUCGUCACCUGAUUCAGCCCACCAAAGACCAUGAGCGCAGGAGAAAGCGAGAAUUGAGAGAAAGUAUUCACAAAGGGAAGGAGAGGAGCAGCUCUUCCAAGGGCAGUCGUGGCGGCAUCGAGUCCAAGUUACGGCAAGACCAACAUCCCGAGGAGCAGGGUAUUCAGGAACUUCCCGAAUCAACGACCGACACCGAUCAGCUCGUGGAUCUGGUUGUAGAAGACCACGAAGCUGAGCAAGCGGAGCGGGUCCGUGCGAGGAAAGAAGGCGGAGAUCGGUGGAAUAAGGACGAAAACGUGAGACAUUUCGUUCGUACCUAUUCGGUAGACGGAGAGGAAGCAGGCCAAGAGAUUCGUACGACGGGAUAUGACCCAAGCAAGGUCCCAGCAGAUCAUCUUCCGCCCGAGCAUGCUGUGUCAGACGAGGAAGAUGAAGGAAAGGCCUCGAACAGCAAUGGAGGACGGUACGGCGAGGAGGACAAUGUCUGGAAAUGA